UCGAGUUCAGCCGUACGGUCUCCGUCAAUAGAUCCGACUUGGCACGGAACUUUACUGAGUGGGGAUCGGUUUGAAACGCACUUCCGUAAAGGACUUACCGGUUUAGUAGUUAUAAUCAGUGUUCCAGUUUAAUCUCGGCCGGGAUCAGUGCCGGUAGUUGUGAACGUACAUAUAGUCGUGCUAAGCAAAAUGUCAGUUUGCUAACUUUCUCAUCAGCAAGUGCAAGUGCCGAGUGGGUGGUGAUUGAGAUUGUACCGAAGAUAAAGCAAAAGAAAGCACUGUGAGAGGGUGCAGCAAGUCCGGCUACAAGAUGGGAGUAGAUAGUGAAACCCCGACGAAGGCAAGUGCUGAAGAAAAUGGAACUAACCCUGUCGGUUUGGAGGACCUUAGCAAGUGGGAUAAAUUUUGCAUGCGCCGUGGGAUCAAUCCGAAUUUGAUUAUGCUGAAAGUAACGCUGUUUGUUAUGUAUGGAGCUACAUCGUCGCUACUGCCCUAUUUAACGAUCCACAUGCAAAGCACCGGACUGACGGUGGAGGAAAUUGCAAUCAUCUACCUGGCGCUACCGUUCACCACUUUUCUCAGCCCACCGAUUACAGGUUUCCUGGUGGACAAGUUCGGACGCUACAAGCCGGUGGUGAUUAUGAGUCUGCUGUUAAAUGCAUUAUUUCACCACUCGUUGAUGCUGAUCCCGCAACAGGAAAUUCCCGGCAAGCUGCCGGAAGCAUACGUAAUGAGACAUCCGGAGACGGGCAACGUAGAGGUUUGGUGGUCUCCCUGCCCUAGUCGUGAGUGUCCGGAGGAGGAAGAAAUUGACAUCGUCGUGGAUCAGUGCUUGGAUCACUGUCUACUGUUGGAGCAGAAUCCAAAAAUUGAAAUUGUUCCCCCGCCUACUUUUUCUCCCAUUUUGGCGCCCGUUGACGUGGGCGACAAGGACGAUCUGGAACUAAUCGUCAAUAAAAAGAUCACCAAGAAGAAUAGAACGCUAGAAGCAGUUAGUAGUUCAACCUACAGUCCUAGCACGACGGAAGCGUACCUUGAUAGGCAGAUACUUAUAUAUGAGCCUGAUUCGGAUGAAAGCGAGGAGAGUUGGGUCAUUGCGGGAAGUGGUGAUUCGGCUUUCUUCGUGCUGGACAUGCAUCCUGACUUGGGGGAACCUAUUGAACAGCUUGGCAUGGAGAUUGAACACGACGACAAUGAGACGGUAACCGAUUUUAAGACACGGUUCGGUGUGAAGCUACUUUGGAAGCAAGGAGUAAACGUGACAGCUUUGGAAGAGGAAGAUUUGCGAUGCGGAGGGUUGGUUCUUUCAUCAAACAUGACACUGAAUAGUAACCAACGAUUGAGUGAACUGGCAGCGGAUUGUAUGGUUCAGCGGUGUCACUUUCGGAACAAUGGACCGGAAAUCUGUCCUCCGGAUUACAAAGAAAGUGACGACAAGGUGUUCUGGGUCUAUUUUGGUUUGCGAUUCCUGGCGACUACGAUGCUGUCAGCGGGCGUAACGAUUAUGGACCCGAUUGCGCUUACUAUGAUCGAGAAGUAUGGCGGAGAUUUCGGGCGUGAAAGAUUAUUUUCUAGCAUUGGAAUGGCGAUUUUUUCACCGAUUACCGGUAUCAUGAUUGAUUUCUUCUCCCGAGAUCUUGGCUACACGGAUUAUUCAGCAGCUUUCUACACCUACGAUAUCUUGUUGGUCAUAUCUUCGAUAUCCGUGUUCCUGAUGCCUCUGGGGGAAAAACUACCGGCUGAUAAUGUGUUUAAGGAUUUGUGGAAUUUGCUGAAACUUAAACAUGUUAUCAUAUUUAUAUGGUUCCUGUUCUUGCUGGGUAACUUCUGGGGGUUCAUCGAGAGUUUCCUAUUCUUAUAUCUCAAAGAACUGGGUGCUCCUAACUAUCUGCUGGGAAUCACAAUCACCGUUGGAACGGUAAGCAGUAUUCCAUUCCUUUAUGGGGCUGGUCGCAUAACCAAGGUUGUCGGCCAUGUUAACCUGAUUGUGAUUGCGUUCAUUGCUCACGCGUGUCGAUUGGUGGGAUAUUCGCUGAUCGAAAAUGCUUGGUGGUGUUUUCCGUUUGAGGCUAUGGAGGCAUUGUCCUGCCACCUGAUGUGGGUCGCUGCUGCAACAUACUGUUCUCUGCUGGCGCCGAAAAAUUUGCUAGCCACUCUCAUUGGUGUUCUAGGUAUGGCUCAUUUUAGUUUGGGCCGUGGAAGCGGUUCCUUCUUUGGUGGAUUCCUGAUUGGAGAGGUCGGAACCAGAGAUGCCUUCCGAUAUAUGGGAUUGGUAGCGGUUGCUGGAGGAUUGGCGUACAAAUUUAUACACGCCAUCUGGCUGAGAAAGUAUGAUAAUCCAGAUGCCGAUGACGAUGCAGAAAAUGGCGAAACGGACAAACUAACUGAGAACAAGGACGCCGAAGAACCCAAAACCAAAGACCAGGGCACCUCGAUGUCCCAGGAACGUCUCUCGCUGAUGAUCAAGUACAACCAAAUCGGCUCACUAACAUCAUUGCCGCGUGGCUCUCGGGGAGACGUGAAUGAUUCCCUGUCUAGGAGGCGCAGCAGCUAUAACAUCGAAUUCGUCCGAGUGCCCAAAGGUGGCGGUAGUGCUUCGAAGGUAGACCUGCUGAAAUCGGCGCUGGAAAUCAAUCAUAAGGUAUCCCAGCCGCACCUACGGAAGGAAGGAAAGGCAUCUGACCAGUCGCUCAACUCCAAACGGGCAGACAGUGCCCCGAAGUUGAAUCCUGCUAAGAAUAUCUCCCAACCGGCUCUCAGCGUCGUAGCGGACGAGAUUGGAGCUCCGUCAAUCUUGAGCCGGCAUCGGAAGAAGCACCAUCAGAGUGGCAUUUUGGUAAUAAAGGUUACCAACCAGGACGGUGAGGUUGAUCUGAGGAACUUCCUUCGGGAAACGGACCGUCGUGAUUCGAUGACGGAAGCAGAUUUGGACCGCUACAAGGCGGAACUGGCCGUGCAGGCUAGAACCCAUGUACUGAACGACAUUCCGGAGCGCCCAGUGGACCCAAGUGAUAUGGUUGGAUUCGGUUCAUCGGUGUCACCCGUGCCGCCGGUCAGUGGAACGAGCACUAAGAGCAGUACCGCAUCGAGCAGCGAUGCUAGCCCCGAAGCCAGCAUAACGAAUAGUCAGACGAGUAAAAAUGAAACUUAAUAGUUUGCUGAUGCAGUUGUGGGACCUGGCUGCUGCUGCUGGCUCGAAGCCAAUGCCGCGUACACCCACCCAUUUAGAUCAAAGCUGAUUGUGAAUUGCUUCGUUUUCAUUCUGUUGUUGCAUGGAAAGUUAUUAUACUUGUUAUAUGACGUACAAGUUGCACUUUAGACAAUUAAAGCCAUAAGCCGAUUGUUGCGAAAAGCAAUAAAGGAGUGUGGAGAAACUCA